UUUUCGAGCUGAGCGAGCAGUCGCGAGGCACCUGAAAGCAGAGGCACUUCGCUCGGUGUUGAGGAUUUCGUACGGCCCACAGUUGAAAGUUUUGGCAAAUGUGCGGGCUGGUCGGGCGGCAUGUUUCGGAAUGUGCUGUGUCUGGCGCUGGGCCUGAUUGUGGGCGUGCAGCUGACCGAGCUGUGGGACUACAUGACGCUUACGGGUGAAGAGUAUGAGAGCACGGCCAUUGCGGCCGACACAGCCGCGUCUCUCACCAGGCCGUCGCUGGCCGAUUGGCUGUUUCAUGAGACGCGCGUGCUCUGCCUGGUGCUGACCAUGCCAGCUCACCACAAGACCAAGGCGGCAAAGGUUCGCUCCACCUGGGGCUCGCGCUGCAACAAGCUGAUUUUUAUGAGCAGCGAAGACGACGACGCGCUGGGCGCCGUGAAUCUGAAUGUGUCGGAGAGCCGUGACAACCUGUACAGCAAGGUGCGGGCGGGGCUCGCCUAUGCCUACGAGCAUUACGUGGAGGAUUAUGACUGGUUUCUCAAGGCGGACGACGACACCUAUGUGAUAAUGGAGAAUCUGAGAAUGUUCCUCUACCCGUUCGACCCGGAGGCGGCUGUCUUCUUUGGCCAUCGGUUUCGCACUUCAUAUCCGCACGGCUACAUGUCCGGCGGUGCUGGCUAUGUGCUCAGUCGCGAUGCACUGCGUCGCUUGAACCUCUUCGCGCUGAACAAUACAAAAUUCUGUCCGCUGAAUACCUAUUCAGAGGACAGACAAAUUGGUUACUGCUUGCUAAAUGUGGGCGUAACCGCCGGAGACUCCAGGGAUGAGCACGGCCGCGAGAGAUUCCUGCCCCUUCAUCCCAGGCACUUGAUGCCGAGCAUACAAAACGGCACUUGGCUGACGACCUACUCCUACUUCACGCCGAAUAUGAGCGAUUGCUGUUCCGAGACGGCCAUUAGUUUCCACUACACCAAAAUGCAUGAUUAUGAUAGGUAUGAGUUCUUCUUGUACCACCUCCGGGCCUUGGGGCUCCCAGAGAAGCCGACUGUGCUGCCAACGAAACUAACCUAUGAGCAGAUGGAGCAAAAGCUCGACUUCUGGAAUCAACAAGAAACGGACCAAACUGUGCCACUUAGUUGAUAGCUCAGCUUGAAUAUUUCCAAGUAUCAAUUGCAAGAAUUAAGUCCA